AAAGGACCGCCUCAUCGGGAAACAAACGGAAACUUCAGCUCACUGAUUCCUUCCGACUGUCGCCGGAAUCGGCGCAUGGCGCUCCGUGCAUGUCCCGCCCUUCGUCAUCCCAUUAUUCCCAUUGCAUUCCCAACUGUUUCCAGGAAGCCCCUCUUUACAAAGCGUAGUUUCUCAGUUCACAGUUCCAUUUCCGGACCGACUGAAGCUCGAAAGCAGCUAGUUCUGGAGGUGAAAAAGCAGCUCGAAAGGGAUCAUCCUAGUCUUCCCAUUGGCAAAAAUGGAAGAGAUGAUGAAGAAAUGAUCUAUUGGUUCCUGAAGGAUAGAAGGUUUGAUGUUGAAGAAGCUGUUUCGAAAUUGACUAAGGCUAUUAAAUGGCGUUAUGAAUUCAAAGUAUCUGAACUGUCGGAAGAGUCAGUUAAAGGCGUUGCUGAUACUGGGAAAGCCUAUGUGCUCGACUCUCUCGAUGUUAAUGGCAGGCCAGUCCUUGUUGUGGUAGCAUCCAAGCAUUUUCCUUCUGUUCAUGAUCCCAUUGAGAAUGAGAAGCUCUGCACCUUUCUGAUCGAGAAGGCACUGGACAAGCUUCCACCUGGUAAAGAAGAAAUCCUUGGAAUAUUCGAUCUCCGUGGCUUUGGUCCAGAGAAUGCAGAUCUCAAGUUCUUAACUUUCAUAUUUGAUGCAUUCUAUUACUACUAUCCGAGAAGAUUGGGCCAAGUUCUGUUCGUGGAUGCCCCAUUCUUGUUCAAGCCGAUCUGGCAACUCGCCAAGCCCUUAUUGAAAUCAUAUGCUUCUCUGGUGAAAUUUUGCUCGGUGGAGACCGUCAAGAGCGAAUACUUCACAGAAGAAACAUUGCCAGCUGGUUUCAGAGACUGAGCCAUUUUCGGCCUUCCAAACAACUGCGCGACUCAGACUCUACAAUCCCACCUUUGACGUUGUCGAGAAAUCCUGUACAAGAUCGAGAAAUAGGUAGUUUUGUGGCUUGACAGCUGAAUUUAGGAACAUCUGAUGGGGCACUCUUGAAGAGAGUCCUUGAGGGAGGAGGAAGGAGUGGUUCAAUACAUAGCGAAUCACUUCUUUGCCGGCUAUGCCCUCCAUCUCCUUUCCAUUUUUUUAUAGCGUGCCUCCGUGCAAUUGGCGCUCUCUUAUAUGGUCCGUCUUGGAUGCCUAUAUUUAAACUUGCAGCGGUCAUAACUCGUGCUUCCGUCAAUGUAAAAUCCGAUCAAACGAUCAUUGCUUUGGAUUGAAGAUUUUGUGACAAAGUUACUAUCAUGGACUGAAACAAUUGAAAUGC